AUGCGUCUAGGUUCCUCCCUUCUCCUCGCCUUCUCGGCUCCGGUACUUGCCUCACUCCAGAUUAUUCCAGGUGGUACUUGGACUGCUUCCGAUGGCCGCCACAUCCAAGCCCACGGCGCUGGUGUAAUCGUCGAGAACGGGACAUACUACCUCAUUGGCGAGGACAAGACGGACGGCACCCCCUUCCAAAACGUCAACUGCUACGCGAGCACCGAUCUCGUGCGCUGGGACUACGUCGGCGCGCUGUUGAGCCGCACGUCCAGCGGCGACCUCGGGCCGGACCGCAUCGUGGAGCGGCCCAAGGUCAUCUACAACGACGCCACGGGCAAGUACGUGUUAUGGAUGCACAUCGACAGCCGCGACUACGGAGACGCCAAGGCCGGCGUGGCAACGGGCGAUAGCGUGUGCGGGAAGUAUGACGAUGACGGCAGCGCCUACCUCUUGACCGAAGACAGACAAAACGGUCUCCGCAUUGACAAGCUCGAUUCAACAUACACCAAGGUCGAGAGCAACGUCUACACCUGGAGCGAGAAAAUCGAGUCCCCGCCAUGGUCAAGCACCUCCACAUCCCUCUCCUCAGGCUGGUCAGCCUGGCGCGAAUUCGCCGACGACGGCGCAAACACCUACGCUUCCCAGACCACCUUCAUCCUCCCCUUCGGUGACGGCAAUUUCAUGUACCUCGGCGACCGCUGGCGCUCCGACAACCUCUUCACUUCCAGUUACAUCUGGCUACCCAUUACCAUCGCCGGCCCCACUUCCGUCUCCCUCAAGAACAAGGUCAACUGGGUCCCCGGCCUCGCCGAGGGUGCGUCCGCUUGGCGGGAGGGCAUCGCCGAGACUGGUUAUGAGGGCGAGGCUGGUCAGGCCGGCGGCGGCGCCCGCAGCGUCUCCUGCUCCGACUGCUCAGGCGGCAACGCCAUGGGCUACAUUGGUGGUCCCGAUGGUGGCACAUUGACACUCUCAGGCAUUACCACGGAAAAAGCCGGCACCACUACCGUCCGUAUCCGAUUCGCCAAUGGAGAUAGUACCGCACGCUUCGCAAAUGUGAGGGUCAACAACCAACCGCCCGUCAAGGUUGCCUUUUUGCCCUCAAGGGGAGGCGUUGGUAGCAGCACGCUGGUUGCCGACCUUGAGACGUCUGGCAACACCAUCGUCUUUGAGGGUAUUGACGGCGGUUGGGGCCCCGAUAUUGAUAAGAUUUUCGUCCCAGUUGAGUGA